UGUCUCACAUGGGUGCUCUCUACUCACAAGAUAUUUGUGCGUCACUAGCAGAAACGGCACGCUAGUGCACGCUUGUGUUCCUUUCAGGCAGUUUGUGAAAUACGAUUAGCCAGCUAUACCACCACCACGUUUAGUCGCGGGUUCAUAUCCAGAGUAGUGUGUGUUUUCAACAUGGGGAAGAGAAGUCGACAGAGAAAGAAGGAGCAUCAAAAGAAUAGCAAACCUGGUGGCAGGGAUAGCAGAGACAAUGCUGGCUGGGGAGCGGGCUACGCGGACAUUGUCAAAGAGAACAAGCUGUUUGAGACCUACUACAAGGAGCUGGGCCUGGUGCCUGACGGGGAGUUUGACCAGUUCAUGGAGUCCAUGAGGGAACCUUUGCCUGCCACCAUCCGCAUCACCGGAUACAAGAGUCAUGCCAAGGAGAUUCUCCACUGUCUGAAGAACAAAUACUUCAAGGAAAUCCAGGAGGUAGAGAUUGACGGGCAGAAGAUCGAGGCACCUCAGCCUCUUAGCUGGUACCCAGAUGAGCUAGCUUGGCACACCAACAUGAGUAGGAAGAUCCUGAGAAAGUCUCCACUCCUGGAGAAGUUCCAUCAGUUCUUGGUCAGCGAGACAGAGUCGGGUAAUAUCAGCCGACAGGAGGCUGUUAGUAUGAUCCCUCCUCUGCUGAUGAAGAUUGAGCCCCACCACAAGAUCCUGGACAUGUGUGCUGCUCCAGGGUCAAAGACAGCCCAGCUGAUAGAGAUGCUCCAUGCGGACAUGGACAUACCCUUCCCAGAGGGCUUUGUGAUCGCCAACGACGUGGACAACAAACGCUGCUAUCUGCUGGUGCACCAGGCUAAGAGGCUGAACAGCCCCUGUAUCAUGGUGGUGAACCAUGACGCCUCCUGCAUCCCCCGACUACAGAUAGACUCCCCGGAUGGGGGGAAGGACACGCUGUUCUACGACCGCAUCCUCUGUGACGUUCCCUGCAGUGGAGAUGGCACCAUGAGGAAGAACAUCGACGUCUGGAAGAAAUGGACCACCAGUAACAGUCUGCAUCUUCACGGUCUCCAGAUCCGCAUAGCGGUGCGUGGUGUGGAACAGCUCGCUGUGGGAGGGAGGAUGGUCUACUCCACCUGCUCUCUCAACCCUAUAGAGGAUGAAGCUGUCAUAGCUACUCUACUGGAGAAGAGCGAAGGUGCGUUAGAGUUAGCGGAUACAUCAGCUGAGCUGCCUGGUUUAAAAUGGCUGCCUGGAGUCUCUAAAUGGAAGUUGAUGACUAAGGAGGGUCAGUGGUAUAACGACUGGUCAGAGGUCCCGGCAAACCGCCACACACAGAUCAGACCCACCAUGUUCCCUCCCACAGACGCAGAGAAACUGGCUGGCAUGAAGCUGGAGAGAUGUAUGAGGAUCCUUCCCCAUCACCAGAACACGGGAGGCUUCUUUGUUGCUGUCCUUGUCAAAAAAGCCCCCAUGCCCUGGAACAGGAGACACCCUAAAAUGAGGAAGGAGCAGUUGUCCAGCUCAGUGGCCCAGCCAGAGGCCUCUCCAGUGGAAACCCCUCUCCCGGGCCUGCCCCUGGAAGAUGGGGAGGGAGGAGAGAUGGGGGUAAAGGAGGAGGCAGCCGAGAUCUCCCCCAAAGAGGCAGAAGCAGGGGAUCUGAUCAAGGAGGCCAAAGUGUGUGGGCCUCCUCCCAAUAAGAAGAUGAAGCUGCAUGGUUUUAAAGAAGACCCUUUUGUGUUCCUUACGGCAGACGACCCCGUCUUCCCCCCUAUAGAGUCCUUCUAUGACUUGUGUCCAGACUUCCCUAAGAUAAAUGUUCUGACCCGGACUCAUGAGGGCAAGAAGAGGCACCUGUACAUCGUCUCCAAGGAGCUCCGCAACGUCAUGCUGAACAACAGCGAGCGGAUGAAGGUGAUCAACACUGGGGUGAAGGUGCUGUCUCGCAACAGUGAUGGGGAGGAGUUCGGCUGUGCCUUCAGGCUGGCUCAGGAGGGUAUAUACACGCUGUUCCCUUACAUCCGCUCCCGGAUCAUCUCGAUCAGUGUUGAGGACAUCAAGGUCCUGUUGACUCAGGAGAACCCCUACCUCAGCAAACUGGAGGAUGCCGCUCACCAGCAGGCCAAGCAGAUCGGAAUGGGCAGCAUUGUGCUGAGGUACCAGCCUGACAACAGUAGCUCUGAUGGUCCUCAGUGUCCCAUUGAGCUGUGUGGCUGGAGAGGCAAGACCUCCAUCAGAGCCUUUGUGCCCCGCAACGAGAGGUUCCACUACCUCCGCAUGCUGGGCGUCGAGGUAUUCCGUGACAAACAGGGCCAGGGGCCUGGAACCAGGGAUGGAGAGGAGAAAGUGGAUGGAGAGGAGAAAGUGGAGGUGAAAGUGGAUGGAGAGGAGAAAGUGGAGGUGAAAGUGGAGGUGAAAAUGGAGGUGGAAGAGGUGGUAAAUGAUGGAGAGGAGGGGGUGGAGACAGAGAAUGGGAUUAAAGAUGGCAGCAUAAAAGAUGAGUUGAAAGAGGUUAAAAUCGAGGCGACGAGCACCUGAGAGGACAGGAACAGAAAUUGGGGGGGCUAACGGCCUUGGGAGACGUUGACCAGCACCUGAGGACCGUAGGAAGAGUGACGGCAACGUGUGUACCUCAGAAGUCUUAAAGGGUUCUUCUGCUGUCUCAUUCAAACUGGUAUUAAAAACAGGCGUGAAGGUCUUCCUCCACAUCUACAUUUCUAUUUCAGUGCAAAUGUAGACUACAGUGAGCCACUUUGGACUGUUGAGAUACCAGGAGGAAGGAGGGAUGGUAGAACAAGAGGGAGGAUGAGAUGCUGUAUGAAUGAGUUUUGCUGGCCACAUAAAGAAUAGACCAACUGUGAGUGAGAACAGGGGUGUUUGGUAGCUCAGUAUAACUUCUAAAUCACUGCCAUUGCAGAAAGGCCACCCCUCUUAGACAGAGCAAGUGGACUUUUCCAUGCACCCACAGAUUUGGCAUGCCUCUGGGGUCAACACUCGAGUGGCUUAUUUUAUUUCCUACUUCUGAAUUUUAAUUUCACUGAUACGCCCUGUCAAAAAUUGGAGUGUAUUCUUUUUCUCACUGUGCAUGUUUGAAAAGCCAUUUCAUUUUCUAUCAUUGUAAGUAUGAAAUAAUAUGAAAUUGAUUAAAGUAUUACAUUUUAAUUCAGUCUAGUACCUUUUAUGGGAAUUGAAUUUGGGCUGGUUUUGAGUUACAUUUGUCGCUUGCUUUAACAGGUGUAGACUAACAGUUAAAUACUUACCAAUGCAAUACCAUUUAAAUAAAAUACAAAUACAA